AUGUUGCUCGAGAUGGAGGUGAAUGGCGUCAUUGACGAGACGUGGCAGGACGCGAACAGGGCACGACUAGAGGACGUGAAGGCGAUUGCCGACAUUUUGACCUCGCUGAAGGUGCGCGAUCUUUGCUGCAUCGACGUCUCCGAAAAGACCUCUAACUUCGACUACAUCGUCUUUGGCACGUGCGAAGGGGCGCGGCACAUUCACCUCGCUGCCUGGGCUGUGCAGGACGCGGACAGGGUGCAUCGUGUUUCCAAGAUCAGGCGCAAACGGACGGACGAGUUGUGGGAGGUCGUGCCAGUUGGUCGUAUCGUGGUGAACCUGAUGGUGGAGAGCUUCCGUGAAGAGAUGACGCUGGAGCGUAAGUGGGCGGUAACGCGCUCCAUGGACCCCCUGGGGGCCGCGAAUGCCCCCAUCAGCGAGGGGCGGCAGGUGAAGGCGCACGGACUGUGGACACUGACGCUGAACUUGCAGGACCUGGAGGACUUUGAGGUGGACUACUGCAAAGACAUUCUCAUGCGGCAGAUGUGA